GAUACAUAUGUGCUCCCUAGCACUAUCGUAAUUUAAAAGCGCAUGCAGUUUGCCGCACUGUGACAUUGCUCAAGAGACUAUGGCCAAAAUCUACACAAUGGAGAACUGCCGCAACAGAUGGAGGGCUGCUGCAUCUGGAGCGUUCUUGUAACGAAAAGCCCCUGCUGAUCCACAGCGAACAAUAUGGCGGAGAAUGGAUGUUUUCGCGGUAUCCAGACCGAAAUUGCACGGUCACGCUAACUAUUACUCUGAUGCCUUUUGUCAUCAACAUCUCGUACAUCCAUUGUACGUAAACAUAGCGUAAGUUAAACAUACACUUUUAGCAUACAUAGAAUGACAGAAUCGAAUGCAAAGUUGCGAACCUAGGAAGACUGGCCGUGCUGUGUACCCUCAUGUACAAUACGCACAAAAGCCCAAUGUACGUUUGGGCAUUUUAUACAGUAAACGCUCCUAAACUAUUAUUAAAUUUUUCAGGAAGUCUGCGAUGCCCAUCAAUGACCAAUUGUUAAUUUACCAGAAAUUUCCAGGUGGAUCUGAACGGCACUUAAAAACACUGCAGAAUGACGCCGGUAUUGUUGGAAAAAGUGUUGGACAGUUAAUGACCUAUCCUUUCUACAAUAAUGUCACUCUGAGACUCCACGUCUGCAGGACAGGGCCAGCUACUGUUCAGCAUGAAGUGAAACUGGAGUAUACGAUUAUUGUUGAGGAAACGGCAUCGGUUGACACACACCUGUGGGCACGGUGCCCAUCAUUGCGAGGAUACGUCCGACGCCGGUUAGCCUGUGGAAACACAGACCGUGUUACCUGCCCCAGCGCGUUCCAUAGGGAAAACACGGGGAAUAAUCCUGCAGCAUUUCGCGAUGACAGAUUGUGUACAGACAUUAUGAUGUCCGAAAUUUUCCGGGAAGACUUCAACAGCAGAAAUACGUUAGACGACAAGUGGAAUCGGCGAAUAAGUGAAACGAUGCAAAAGCGCAAAACAGCGACGGUUACCAUAACACGACCGGAAUAUGUACGGGUUAGCAAUGGCUCCUUACACCUUACGGCCCAUGCGGCACGAGGAAACACCACACAAGCGCAUGUGCAUUACUAUGUCGCCCAUGCGCAUUCUGGUGGGAAAUUCGAUUUUCUCUAUGAUGAAAUCGAAAUAAGAGCCAAGCUGACGGCCAACCAUAACACUCUGUCAGCGUCAGCCAUGCUGCACCUAGUCGAUUCGCAAAGCGUCCAUGACAAUGCACCAGUAUGCUCCGAUCAGACCAUCUUCCUUGCCGAUCUCCGCAGUCAACAUCCGGCGCGGAUCGAUGUCGGUGUGCGUAAAGGUCGUAUCGACCAAACGGAACCAGUCUUUGCUGCUGACCACCAGAAUACUGCAUUUCACUCGUACAAGACGCACUGGACGAACGACAGCAUCGUCUGGUAUGUGGACGAUAUUGAGAUCUAUCGUUUGACGGAUACGAGCAUGAUGCCGUCGGCGCGGAUGCAGAUCUCCGUGGAAGUUGCCAUCUCCUCGGCGCCACACACCGUGGAAGCGACAGCCGAGCUGCUCAUCGAUUUCAUUGUGGUUCGUCAACAAGAAUCGUCUCUCCAGCGGAAUGGAGAGGAUUAAGGUACGCAAUGGAGGGCUCGUGCGGUGAUCGCCGUUGUGAUAUCAUUUGUUAUUACGCUGACGAUGGUGUGGUGCAUAGGAAAAUUACACCUUAGGUUACCUGUUCCGGAUGACUCAGAUAUUGCUACUUAACAAAAUCGCCUCUGUGCCACGGAGUCUGUAUAAACCCUGUGAAGAUAUAAAUAUAUCAAACAAAUUUGUUCGGUUUACGCGCGUACACGGAAAUAUCAGUCACAUGUGCCUGUUGCUAAACA